AUGAAGAGUAUUGAAGCGGUGGGGUUCGAUAUGGACUACACGCUGGCACAGUACCGGCCGGAUACGUUCGAGUCGCUGGCGUAUAGGGAGACGGUUAAGAAGCUCGUGUACAGCCUUAAGUACCCAGAUGAGCUGCUGCUGUGGAACUUUGACUGGCGCUACAUGGUGCGAGGACUUGUCCUGGACAAGAAGCGAGGCAACAUUCUCAAGAUGGACCGGCACAAGUAUGUGAAGGUGGCCUAUCACGGCUUCCAGGCGCUCUCCCGGGAGGAGCGCCGCGCCACAUACACAGACACGCCGCUGCGGGAGUCCUUUGACGAGCCCGACUUUGCCCUCAUCGACACUCUCUUCUCGCUCGCAGAGGCGUACAUGUUUGCGCAGCUUGUGGAGUUCAAGGACGCUUUCCCUGACCGGAUUCCGUCGACCAGCUAUGCUGCUAUGUACCGGGACGUGCGGGCAGCAGUGGACCUGUGCCACAGAGACGGGACGCUCAAGAACGCAGUUGCCAAUGACCCCGCCAGGUACAUCACAAGGGACGACGAGCUGGUGGACAUGCUGCAGAUGCUGCGGGACUCGGGCCGAAAGACAUUCCUCGUCACCAACAGUCUCUGGGACUACACGCACGUGGUGAUGAACUACCUGGUGGGCAACUGUGGCACACGGCACGGCAAGCCUCGGGAUUACUCCUGGCUCUCGCUCUUCGACCUUGUCAUCACGGGCAGUGCGAAGCCGGGGUUCUUCCUGAACACGCACCGGGCGCAGAUAUAUGAGGUGGACAUUCGCUCAGGCAUGCUGUUCAACACUGAUAACGGCAGUCCCAUGGCCCAGGUGGGCGGUAUGGGAGACGCCAUAGCUGUGGCACAGCGUGCGGAGCAGUCACAGCCGUGCAGAGUGUUCCAAGGGGGCAGUGUGGCGCACCUACACGGCAUGCUUGACAUUGCUGCUGGCGCACAGGUGCUCUAUGUCGGUGACCAUAUCUUUGGCGACAUCCUCCGAUCCAAAAAGUCCCUCGGAUGGCGCACCAUGCUAGUGGUCCCUGAGCUUGUGCGAGAGAUUCAUGUGCUCAAGGCCACUCUCGACCUUCGCCAGGCGUUUCAUGACCUGCGGCAUCAGAUCGACUCUCUGGAUGAUGCCAUGCAACGACUCAGCUGGGCCAUCAGGUUUGAGAAGAUGGACGAGGAGAAGAGGCAGCAAGUAGAGCAGGAAGUGUUGUCUCUGCAGGCUCAAAGGGAGGCAGCAGGGGUGCAGCGGCGGGAAACCAUGCAGAGAUGGCACCAACAAUUCCACCCAGUGUGGGGCCAGUUGAUGAAGACUGGUUAUCAGAACUCCCGCUUUGCUCACCAG